CCCCGCCAGGCGCUUCGCUCUUCCUCCUCUCGGGUUUAUUUGCAAUGUAUGAAACUUGCAUGGCUGUGAGGAGAGCCGAUCCAGUGUGGGUUUGCGAGGAGGAGGAGGACGGGGAAGGAAGGGUUGGAGGCAGGGGAGAAGGAGGCAGUCGCGUUAAUCCCGGGCGCCGCACGGCAGCAGGUUUGCGUUAGGAAUAUCGGUGGCAGCCCGCUGCCGCCGCUGAAUGAGGAAGGUAAAACGAAGCGAUGCGAGAGCCGCCGAGGCGACAUGCACGGCGGCGGGGCGAGAGGCACCGGCAGGCGGCUGCCCGCCCCCUCCCUCCCUGCCUGCUGCCUCCUCCCUCCCUCCCCGCCGGGGCGGGGAAGGACCGUGCCCGGGUCUCCCCCGCUCGCCGCCAGCCGAGCCGGGGGGCCGCGGGGCUUUAACCGUGUGCGGGGCGGAUUCGCCACUUUUUCCGGGGGAGGCCCGCGGUUAAAAGUUUUCUGCGGAGGUCACUAUCACAUGACAAAGGCUUUGAGACAGCCUCAUCUUCGUCUGUCUGCAAUUUCCAUUUGCCUUCCUGGUAAAUGACAAAAAGGGUCCAGCAUUGUGAGUAGCAUUGCAUUGUGAACAGGAAUCAGAAGAUGAAGACAAAGGACCACUCAGUGUUUCUUAGUUGCUGCUUAAUGACGGGUCACAGUAAUGAAAGGCAGUAGUAGGAAUAAGGAUCACUCAACAGAAGGUGAAGGAACUGGGAAGCGACCAAAAAGGAAGUGUCUUCAGUGGCAUCCCCUGCUUGCCAAAAAACUCCUUGACUUCUCUGAAGAGGAAGAAGAGGAAGAAGAAGAGGAAGACAUUGAUAAGGUGCCGCUCCUUGGCCCUGAUGGUUUAGAGCAGGAUGCUGAUGAGACUGAAGAUGACGAGUCGUCAGAGCAACGAGCUCGCCGACCAAUGAACGCAUUUCUCUUGUUCUGCAAACGCCACCGCUCUCUUGUGCGGAAAGAGCACCCUCGCCUCGAUAAUCGUGGCGCAACCAAGAUCUUGGCAGAUUGGUGGUCUGUUCUAGAUCCAAAAGAAAAACAGAAAUACACUGACAUGGCCAAGGAGUACAAGGAUGCAUUUAUGAAAGCAAAUCCAGGGUACAAGUGGUGCCCCACAACCAACAAACCUGUGAAAACCCAGGCAUCCAGUGUUACGAACAGGAAAAAGCUAUGGGCCAUUGCAUCAGACUCUGCAAAAGACUUACCGAGCCCAAGGAAAGUAACCAAAAGUGAAGAAAUGCCACAACUUAACUUUGCAAUGGCAGAUCCUACACAAAUGGGAGGCCUGAGUAUGCUGCUUCUUGCAGGGGAACAUGCCCUUACUGCACAGGAGGUUUCCUCCAGUACUUGCCAGUCUGAUGCAUCUAAUUCUACAGAAGCCUGUCAGAAGUCAUCAUUGUUUCAGUUUGCAGAGAUCUCUUCCAACACAUCACAGCCUGGAGUCCUGGGGGCAGUAAAACAAACAGAGGAGUCUGCAUUGUUCCAGUUUGCUGAGAUCUCAUCAAAUACUUCCCAGUUGCCAAGUCCCGAGCCAGUAAAGCACUGUGGGAAGUCGGCACUCUUCCAGUUGGCAGAGAUUUCUUCAAGUACAUCCCGUUCAGGGUCUUCUGAUUUAACGAAACAGUGCGGGACAUCAGCAUUAUUUCAGCUGGCAGAGAUGUGCCUUGCUUCAGAAGGAGUAAAAGUGAAAGAACCUGGGAAAACAAAAGUGGAAGCACUGGAAGAUGAGGAAGGGGAAGUUUCAGAGGACAUGGAAGUAGAACUGGAGAAAACAACAGUAAAAGACUCCAGUAAAGGAAAGGUAGAACAAUUGGAAAUAGAGAAAAUGCAAAACCCAGAUGAAACAAAAGCUGAGGAAUCAGAAACUGCAAAAUGCAGAGAUUUUACUAGUCUUGCAAUGGAAAACAGUCCUUUUGAGAGAAAGGACAGCACAAAGGAUCACAUGUGCCGUUCUGCAGAGCUUUUCAUGAGUGACAUGACUAUCCUUGGGCUAAAGCCGGAAAAGAUAAAGAAGAAAAAGAAAAAAAAUAAGCUGGACCGGCACACAAAUGAAAAAUCCACCCCCAAGAAAUCUUGUAAAAAGAGGCAGUCCUCCGAGUCGGACAUUGAAAGUGUAAUGUACACAAUUGAAGCCGUGGCCAAGGGGGACUGGGGGGCUGAGAGACUCGCGGAUACUCCCCGCAAAAAAAACCGCCCUGUCUCAAAUGUGAAGGGAAGCAUGUUGGAUACAAAAUCACCAAAGAAAAAAGUGAAAUCGAAAGACAAGAAAACAUCAAAGGAGAAACCGAUGGAGACCACCAAAGAAUCAAAGCCUCCCGAUUUCCUUAGUAUUGAAGCCAGCAAGGAAGUACCGUGUGAGGCUUCUGAUAACAUUAAAGUGGAACCACUGACCCCAACAGAGGAGGUGGUGCCCCAAAGCUUACCAGAACAGGUCAAAACUGAGGACAGUGACUGUGUUAAAAAGAUAGAAACCUGUGGCUCCAGGAAAUCGGAGAGAUCUUGCAAAGGUGCUCUUUAUAAAACUCUGGUGUCAGAGGGCAUGCUCACAUCUCUGCGCGCUAACGUGGACAGAGGAAAAAGAAGCUCAGGAAAAGGUAACUCCUCAGAUCAUGAAGGAUGCUGGAAUGAAGAAAUCUGGGCCUUUUCCCCAAGUGGGACAAGUGGGAACAAAAAACUGAAAAAGACUAAGCCAAAGGAAGAGUUUGUAUUUGGCUUAGCAAAAUUGGAAGAAGAAUUUGCAAAGAAAUUCAACAGCCUCCCUCAAUACAGUCCUAUUACCUUUGACAGGAAAAAUUCAGCUGUUUCGAGGAAAAAGCGAAAGAUUGGAAGCGGCUCAUGUGAACUACCAAAAUCCAACAAAGGUUCAUUCCAGUCUCAGAAAAAGAACUUAUUCCACAAAAUUGUCAGCAAAUUUAAGCACAGAAAGAAGCUUAAUGUUCCGGACACAGCCAUACUACUAGAAGACCGAAAUUCCAGUGAGUCUGCCUGGAAGAAUAAAAUUUCAAUAUCUGCCCUAAACACUCCAGAGCCAGCAAUGAUGCACGAGCCUUUAGUUGGCAGCCAGAAAAGGAAAGCAAGAAAAACUAAGAUCACACAUCUUGUCCGAACAGCAGAUGGGCGAGUGUCACCAGCAGCAGGGACACUGGAGGACAAGCCAAAAGAGCUGCCACAAAGUACUCUUCAAAAAUCAUCAAAUGCAGAAACAGAUUGCAACAAUGAAUGCUCCAGAAACACAGAGACAGAAGAAAAUCAUAGUAUUACGUCAGAUAUGCCAGCGGUGUCUGCAUUUUUUAGCUUAGCUGCUCUGGCAGAAGUAGCAGCCAUGGAAAAUGUACACAGAAGUCAGAGGGCCACACCUCUCCCACAUGAUGGACAGCCAAAUGAAAUGUCUCAGGCUCCAGUGCUUAUUUCCUGCGCUGACCAGUGAAGCUCCACUUUAUUGUAAAACAUUGUGCUUUACCUAAUAUCCUAGCCUUGUCUUUACCAAGGGAAGCUAGUCAGUCCAUAUGAUGGAACUAGAGACUGCAAUAAAGUGCUUAUUGCUCUGAGUGGCCCAGAAUUCACUGGAAGCCAGACGUUAGCAACUUGGGCCAGGUCCUCAAAUUGGAACCCAGUAUGUAGGAGGGUGAUAUUGUCUAGUAAUGAACUGAAAUGGAGUGGAAUGAUCCCAGAGCUUGCUUUCUAUUGAAGGCUUUUAAACAGUAAACAGAUGGUUGGUGUGAAAAAGGCUGCCUUUACUGUUAGCUCACACAGCAUCUCUUUUACCAACCAGAGAGUACGACAACUAGUUUCAUAUAAUACCUAGUUAUUCUAAAUGAAAAAUUAAAAAAAAAAACAACAAAAACACUGACGCACUGCACUAGUUACUAUUAGAUAUUCUUAGUCAUUUUUGUACAUGAAGAUUUAAGUUCUAAGAUGGUUUAUAUUAAUAGGUUAUGCCUACGUUUAUAUUGUAGAAUGAAUUUAAAACCUGUUCCAGAGAACUCAAGGCAGCCUGGACAGAUGUACCAUUGUUAGCGGUGUUUGGGCAGCCACGUGGUCCAGAUGUUCUGCACUUUUAUAUUUGCCACCAGAGUGGUAGAGUUUACUGGGAAAAGUUCUGACAGGCUACGUUUGGGUUUGUUUCUUUUUAAUUUAGCUUUGAAUAACCAGGAUGAUGUGCAUUAGAAAAAGGAGUGGUGUAUGGAAAAGAAAAUACUGCAGAUAAUUGACUUGUCUUUCAUGCCUUGGAGGGUUCCUUUAUUUUUGCAUAGAUAUCUGAGCGACUUGGUGAAACUUUCCUGCAAACAAAAAGUACUGCAAAUGCGUUUUUCAAAAGUGACCUUAGUAUUAUUUCACAGUUCUGAAUAACUUAAAACCAUGACUUUUCGAUACGGUGUACACCAAUACACAUACCUUUUGCAUUAUACAGACACUGGCAUUGUUGUAGUUACUAUGCACAGUCCAAAUCAGCUUCAGAGUUUGCAUGAAGGGCCAAUUACAGUUUGUGUUGGUAAAGUGGAAAGCUGUAUACAGUUAAACUACAACUGAAGAGUAGCGUUUGACUGAAUUCAGACUACCAAACAGAUCCAUCUGCCAGUUUCUGUCUCUGCUUGUGUUGAAUUUUUGUGUUUUGCUCUCAUAAAUACAUCCCAAAAGCAGGCCAAGUGUAUCACUUGGCCUGUUACCUUCACUAUUCUGGCUUACACUAUUGUAUAACCAAGCAUUGAUUCCUACCAAUAGAUGCAAAAUCAUCACUAGUAAUUGAUCUAAAGCUACAAAUUCAACAGGGUACUUCUUCUAUAGCACAAGAUGUUUCCCUACUUUUUGCAUUGUAGCACAACAAUUUACCAAAUUGGACUCCAGCAAUAAUUUUCUAUUAGUCUUCGUCAUACCGGCUGAACUUUUGAUAGUAUUAGAUUGAGUUUGAAGUUCUUUGAAUUAAGUCUUUAAAUGAUGCGAGUUUACAUCAUUCUAUCAGGCAUUCUUAUUUAUACUUGACUGAAUUGAUAAUGUGUUUUGAGGUUAUUUUGUAACUAAUUUGAUGUAAUAGCCAUAUGGACAGUAACUAUUAAUGCUUGCUAGGUUUAGCCUUUCAAUGUUGUAGUUAAGUGAAAGUCUCUGGUUCAGUGUCAGGAAACAAUAUACAAAGUACCACAAGAGUUUUAAGAAAGGAUGAAAGGUCUGACAAAAGGCACAUAGCUGGGGAAGUGUCACUGAAACAGCAACAUCGAGGAUGCAUGUGUUGAAAGAAGGGAACAAUAGAAGAACAACAAAAUGUACAAACCAAUGAGUCAGUGAAAAGGCUUUUUUUAAAAUUCAGGUGAAUAAAUGUCUAAGAGCCCCUAGAAUGCCAUUGCAGCCUAUGGUGGUAUUUUAAAUAAGAUUUUAUUAAAUUUUUAUAAGUUAUUUUAACAAGACAGGAGAAACUUAAAAGACUUAAAACUUGUGGGUCACAGCAGGGUGGCUGUUGGAGUUUUGGACCACUUUAUAAUUAGCUGAAAUCCAAAUAUGUUACAGUGCAGGCCGUUCACGUUGACAAUGGUACUAACUUAUUUCUCUAGAAACCUUUAGAGUAGAUAUAUUUUUGUCAAAGCACCCCAUCCUUCCUCGAUUUAAAUUUCAAUAUUGUUCCUGGAGAUAUUUCUGUAUAUUAAUGGUACCUUUUUUAAAAGAAACAGAAAAUUACUUUUUUCUAUAUGAAUUAAUAUCUUACUUGAUCUGCUUUUCCUUGACUUUCCCUUAGAGAGGGGGUAGGGUUGGGUCAGUUUACUGGAUAUGACUGUUUUCAGAUACUUAUAAACCUUUUUGUAGAUAUGCUUAAUUUUUAAGCGAUUAGGCACUGAGAGUAGCAGAAAUCCUGCAAAGCUUUAUAGUUCACUAGGCAUUUGCCUUUGUUGGUUCUCUGAGUGAUGUCUUGAUUUGAGUAGCUAGAAUUUUCCCUGAAUCUACUAGAAGGGGUAUCAGUAUUUUCAGGUAACAAAGUCUGUUAGCACAACAAAAACUUCAGACCAAUAUCUUACUGUAUUGGGGUUGGGUUUUUUCCUUGUUUGUUUUGUUUUAAUUUUUAUUAAUUUCAGCUGCUUUCAUUUUGGAAAAUCUUACUGCUAUUGUGUGUACUUCAGUAUACCAGCAAACACUGUUACCUGUUAACACGUUGUCCACAAAUGCCUCUAGAGAAGAAAUUGUUGCACCUUAUGUAUAUCUCAAGCAAACCAAAAUAUGAUGCUUUUCUGCUUUGUUUAUUCUGAAUAUGUUGUAUCAUACUUUACUGAACCCAUUUUAACUUAGCUAAAGCUAUCAAUAUUUAUGCAUUUCACAUUAUUUUCUGGAUCUGAACCUGUGUAUAAAUCUUUCUUUGAAAAAAAAAGACAAGCAUUUACUGUAGUUGUCCUCUGUGACUUAUCCAUGGGAGGGGGGAAUCUUGUCUCAAGUGUAAAAUGCAGUACUGUCCCAGUUUUCCAUGGCUUUUAUUUAUUUAGUCAUCUUCGAUAUUUCAUAGUUCUGAGGCAUACAAAAUGCAUUUUCUUAGCCAAAGCUACAGAUCUACGUAGCUGGGAGAGAAUUACUGUAAUGUCUUCUUAAUUGUUCUAGUACUGUAUACAAAUAUGGGAAAUAUGUUCUGCAGAACAUUUGAGAUGCAGAUUCUUAUCCCCACAGUAGGUUGUUUUCCAGGUAUUAGACCAAAUCAAUCAAAACUCCUUAUCUUACAGGUCUUUUCUGACUAAAUUAUUCUGAAAACAUCUAUGGAGAUUACUUAGUGCUCUGCUUUUGGCAGUAACUACCCCUUGAAUGUGCUGGGAUUUCAGAAAAGAAUAUAUUAUUUAAGCUCUCUGAAUGCUCUUUUAUACUAAUACAGUAUUCCAAAGUCAGGAGCAAGAGAUUUCUUGGUAGUUUGGGUUUCUAUUUUAUAGCAUUGGUGCAUGACUUUUGAAAUUAAAGUGCUAAGCGUUGUUGGAAAGGGGCACAAGAACAAGGAACUGGUAGAAGUGUGUGAAUUUGUGGUGUUUAAAUUCCAGCUUUCAUCUUUAUUAUUUGGCUGAAAGCUGCCUUUGUAGCACAAGGCUGAAGAGCAUUCUGCAGUUUGUACCAAGUAGAGAGUUGUAAGUCCCAUCAGUACAAGGGAAUGCCUUAUAGUUUGGAUGCUGUCUUUUGCAACAGGAUAUUAAUUGAAGCAGUUUUAAUUUCCACUGCCUGUUUAGCUACUGUACAGAUACUGAACCAACUGAUGCAAGUUAUAGACAUGGACAGCUAAGAGAGUAUGUAAGGAAAGCUGUCCUUUAUUCUAAAUAUGGCAACAUUAUGGCAACAAAGGGGAAUUAGAAAAGAAUUUAGAUGUGUAUAUAUAGGGGUGUGUGUGUGUGUGUGUGUGUGUGCACGUGUGUGUGCCUGGAUGUGUACAUUCUGAAAAAAAAUGAUGUAGGAAACCAGAAACAUGAUGGGUCUAUGAGACACUAUAAUGUAUGUCAACCCUUUUGAGUGCACUCCCUUUUUUUUGAAUGCUGAGUCUAAUAUGGCUACCUCUCCUAAAAGACUACUUUUGUUAACUUCCAUUUGCUUUCAGGCUUGAUCAUGUAAUCUUUUUGGCCAUUGAUACCAUAUGUAUAUCGCUGUGUGCUUCAUUUUCCAAGAGUGAUGUUUAUAUAGUGCAGACACCAUAGAGGCUGAAUAUACAGUGGUAGCCAAACUAUGUUGCUGGAGCAUUUUUGUUUAACCUCUGCCACAGUCAUAUGGUUUGCAGGACCUGGGCCCACUAGCUCUGCUUGGUUCAGUCAGAUCAGUUUCUGUAAGAGCAGAAGAUGCAGUGCUCGUGGAGUGGUGGACUUCUGAUGUUUCCAGAGGUGUGGAGUAAGCCAUGUGCUGCUCUUGAAACUUCUUCUGGAGUUUACAAUCACAGUCCUGAGUUUGCAAGGAAACAUAACUGUGCAGCUUGUGUGUGUUGCAUACCCUACAUUAUCCAUUAGAUGCUGUUUGUUUGCUGUGCUUGUUUAAUAGGUUGUAGAGCUCCUUUGCCAUGUUUUGCAAUAUUCAUGGCAUUCUCCUUACCUUGUACAUAUUUUUGAACUGUCAACUACAGCUACCAGGAUACUGAGGCACUUCAGGACACUGAGUGCCGUGAACAAGUACAUGUUUAGGCUGUGAAAGGGUUACAUGCCUCCUCCCCUGAAUUCUCCAAGAAAAAGGCACAGUGGGGUUUAUGCUCUCACCACAGUACUACCAUAGACAUUUAUAUACUCAGUAUUCUGUACUGAAGUGACAACUUUAAGAAGCUUAUGAGAUGGAUGUCUAUUUUUAUGUUCCCCCACUAAUUCUUUGAUGGCAGAAAUCUAGGAAGACUUGACAUGAGAUCUCCACUCAGCAGCCCACCCAAGCUUAGGCUGGAAACCCUCCUUCCUUAAGGGGCAGCAUUGUUGUUGACAGUGUGGGAGCCCCAAUCAUGGACCACUAUGCUCUUGGAUUUAAGCUUGGGCUUGCGUGAUGUUCCUGGGGGAAGCACAUCAUCAUGACCUGGGGUCUUCAUUGAGGUGGAAUUUUAAAAACUACUGCAAAUAGCUUAACAUUUGUGGAGUUCUUCCAAAGAAUUGCAUUGUAGUUUCUGGGUCUUGGCUGCUAGCAUAUACCAGCAGACCCGUGCUGUACUCCACUGGAAAAACCACACCUGUUCAGGAAGACUGACUGGGGCCCUGAAUGUAAUGGGCUAGUCUGCUCUUUUCAGCUCCACAGCUGAAACCUGGUUUGCCCCUCAGUACUGCUCUACUCCUAUCAGUGGUGUCUUUGGGGGCAGCAAAAGCAGGAGGGGCAUGUACGUGCAUGUGUCUGCACGUGUGUAUACGUACACACACACAUCGGAGUGCAGUGGCUUCCAGCACGUACUUUGUACUAAAGUGUUCCCAUAUUUGCUCAGAAAACAACUUGAAGUUUCUCAGAUGGUAGUUUUCCAACUUCCUUGCUAGAUUUUGGUCUCUUUUCUUCACAUUACACACCAUAAGGUGUGAGUUUCAAAAAUCACACCUGAAAAAAACACAGAUCCUGCUGACCUGGAUGCUACAAAAACCUUCUUUCUCAGCAAUGCUUGCUUUUAAUAACUGGUAUCUGUUGACAGUUUCAACACAACUGAUUUGCUAUGGUCUUUCUUCUUGGAGCCCAAUCCUUCAACUUCUUUUCUCACAUGUAUUUCCACUGAAUUUUGACUUAGAAUAUGGUUUUAUUCUCUCCAAAGUUUGGUGUAAACAUGCCUUACAAUAGUUCAUCUCCAUCAAUGGUAUAACAGAGCUACUGCCUUCUUAGUCGUGUGUAGUUAAGUCAAUAAGCACAUUUAUAGAAUGUCAUACUUUAUUCAAAAACCUCUAAUUUGAUACUUUUAAGUGCACAUGUUAAGUCAUGUGUAUAACAUGCUAAAGUACAUUAAACUGUGAUAAUGAAACUGAAUAAAAUAUUUAAUAAAAUAUUUGAAAUAUUUGAUAAGGACCUUUAAAUAGAUUUCUUUAUGUUCAUUCUAUUUUGGUUAUCUAGCGUGUGCCUGUAAACAGUUUCCCGUUUAAAACUAAUGAUUGCAAAUAAAUACUAUUCAAAUGGAGCUUUUCUGAUACUUCACCUGCUUUACCAUCAAAUGAUUGUUUACUUUAACAUAUGGCUGAGUUAGCAGUAUUUGCAGAAUUUGUUUUUAGCUACAGUAUGAACAUGUUGGGUUAUUUAUAUUUAAACAAGCUCAUUUUCACCUGAAAAUGGAAGAUGCCAAAACCCAGAGAUGGAUCCUCAGAACUGUAAGAUGUAGUCUUCUGUUAGAUCAUCCAUUCAGCUUCUACACAAUGACUGUGAAGAUGUCAUUUACUUUGCAAAGAAAUUCUGCCCAAUUGUUCUUCCUUACAUGUGUCUGUACUGGGAGCUUCCAUUUUAUUUUUUAAAAUUUCUGAGCCUGGCUCAACACUGUUGACAAUGUUUAGAAGAUCCACAGAUCCAUUCAGGUGCCCCAGGAUUCUGUGGGUUUACAUCACAUGAGGCUGGAGAUUGUGGGACAGAGAGAGCCAGGACUCAGUUCAGUUAGGCUUUGGAAGAAGAGUUUGCCUUUUCUUCUGAGCUUUCUAGGUAUCUACUUCAUAUUUGUGGAUUUCGUCUUCUUUGCACAGUUGGGAAGCUUGUUGAUAGUCAACAAAGAUAAAAGUCAUCCCACAGAAGAAGCUCUUGCUGUGAUUUCAGUCUUUGCACAUAAGAGAACUUAUUCAGAAACAGUUUCUCUUUUAGAAAUAAGCGGCAAGUGAUAUCAAUGCUUAAACUUAAGGGCAGUAGGUUCCCACUACUUUGGAAACUUGUUUAAACCAGGAAUCUGCUCUGCCCAUGUAUUUUACCCUCUUGGGGCUUAAAAAUUAGACUGUUGUGGAUCUUCUCUUUUUCUGUCAUUGGAUACCUGUAACCUCCUUGAUGUCAAUGUAUUUUGUAAUCACAGAAAACUCCAGAAAAGACUUCAUGAAGCCAGUAGACACUGGGUGUUCACAUGGGAGCCGAUCUCCUGUCUCUGAGUCAAAAGCAGCAGAAGGGAAACCUUUAGGUUUGUGGCUUUUUUUAUCGAUGUGCUAUUUACUCAGGAAAGAAGGAACGUAUGCAAUCUUGCACUGCCUUUACUGGGUAUGCGUCAGUAUCUCUGCAAAGAAACACCAGGAAUGGAAAAGCUUCAGCCUUAAAGGCCAUGUAAAGGUCAUGGGGAAGGGGAAGGAAAGUUCUGACUCAGUGAGCAAAAAAAGUGGAAGGAAUUUUAAGAAAUACAUGUUCUGUCAGUAUCGGAUGCCCAGUCAGGGACCUUGAAGUCACUUUUCACUUUUUUUUUUUAUUACUUAAUUUCCUUAAAACAGUCAUCUUCAUUCCUUGAAGUCUCAUUUUUUCUCUUCUGCUCUCAUUUGGUUCUUCCAACUAAAGACCUGCUGAAUUCAGCUAAUUCUCAGUGCAUCUAGACUGCUGGUUUGUUACCCAGCUCUCACUCAGGUUGCUUUUUGCAGCUGCAUGGCAUUACACUGACUCUUAACUGUCAGGUAAGGUAAAUUUCCACUAAUACUUCUGGAAAAACACAGGGUGCAAAGGCAUCAUCCAACUCAAGCACCACGCUUUGCUAGACACUGCUGUUCUCCCGUUGAUACCAUUUGUUGGGUCCCUUUCAUUGUUCAUCCCGGAGUUUUUCAAUGUACAACUAACCCUGCUUUCAGAGAGACUUUUUUUCCUACAAUGUGACAGCAUGGAGACACAGUAUACCUGGCAUACAGUAGCCAUGCUAUACACCAGCUCAUGGGGCUGUCAGUUCUCCAGUAGGACACUAGCACUUUGUAACAAAAUAAGAGAUGCGUUCCUAUCUCUGCUGCAAAAUUCUGUUUUGUUUUGUUUUCUGAAAUAAAACCUGUAAGAUACAACAUCUGCCUUCUAUCCGGUGUCAAAUUCUUUUUUGUGGACUGUUCUUGGCACAGCAACAGUAAGAAAUUGAGCUCUAAUACAGUUAUAUUUAAAAUACACUUGAAAUUUCAUCAAUACUUUAUUGGUUGUUUUCUGAUUGGAGAAUCAUUAGAUGUUCAGCAGAAGUGGCCCACAAUGUCACUGCUGCUAGCCCAGCUGAAACUCCAGUUGAAAAGCCAGCCUGUAUGAAGUACAAAAUACAAAGUAUGUAUUCCAUAUAGGGCAGCACUUCAGCUUAUUUGUCAGCCUGUGAAACAAGAGGAACUAAUUGAAAUAGACUCAAAGAUCAAGACAGUUCAGUCAGGAUUACAGGCUCAGCAUUGCAGCACACUAAGAGAAGGCAACUGUUGACAUCAAACAACAUCCAAUUUAAGAAAACAAAAACAGUGGGAAAGAGAAAACCUAAGGUCCUGAGAAUGUCCUUCCAAUCCAGAAGAAGUUUUUGGAAUACACCUUUGGAGUACAAGUUCCGUAUGUGGCCUGCCAAAGGCUUCCCAGUUAGAGCAGAGCAUCAGGCUUCAGUCAGACCCAUUUGAGCAUCAAUUCCCUUCUUCCAAGGGUGGGUUCCUUUAAUACCUGGUCAGCACCACUGGAUUAUUUAAAACAGUCUGUUUUUAGGAGCUGAAGAGAAUUUGGAAAUCAGGUAGUCCCAAUCCAUCAGGAGUUUAAGAUACUUAGUUUUGGUUUUGAUAUCCAGUAAUAAUGGCUUUUAUAAUGGCUUUGGAGUUCAUGUGUUUUCAGUCUUGCAAAAUCAAUGUCAUUGAUUCAGGCAGCCUGCAGCAUGCCAUUGCCAUUGGCAUUGGUCAGAGUGAUGUCAUUUGAAGGAAAUUCACUGCACAUUCUCCCCUGACAGACAGAUUCCCUGUUACAUUCUGAGAGGAUUCAUCUGGAUUGGGACUCUCAGCUGUGGUGUUUGUCACAAAGCCGGGCUCUGGCAGGGGGAGGUUCUUUUGCUAUAAGCCUCUCCAGGAUGACAAAAAGUUUGUCAGUGCCUCAGCAACUUUGUGUGGGAUCUUUGUGUGCUUGCCUGCAGCUGCUUAGAUAGAUUUUUGUAACAUGAAGUGAAACAGACCCAGCUGGGAGCAUGAUGAUGAAGUUGGACCUUCAUGAGCUUCCAGAUUUCAGUAGGCGGUACAGAGAUUGACAGGUUGUGGCAACAAGGCUGUGUUUGCUUUUGUUUCGAAGAGCAGAGUUUUCUAACGGAAGUAAGGUGGCAGGGAAAUUACCAUCACAGCAGAUGGACAAUUCAUUGUCUUCAAAAGGUUCCAAUUUCAAAAGGAAGGUUUGCCAAGCGGUCUAAAAAAAAAUAGAAAUUGCAGUUCACGUCUGUGGCUUGGAAUGGAUGCUGUGUUUUGCUUCAGUGACUGUAGCAAUAACUUUUCAGUCAGAAGUAAUGUGUGAGCUGCUUGGAGGGUGAUGCAGUUCUAAACCAUCCCAUUCACUCCCAGAUGACAGAUGUAUUUGGCACGUGGUUUAAGUGUUGCUAAUGAGUGCUUCCCUGCAAGUACAUCAUAAAGAAUAUCAAGUUCUCAUCAUUAUUUGAAUCAGUAUUUAGGGAAAUUCUUCUUGCUGUCUUAAGAAAAUAUACUGUGCUUGGCUGGCACAAGGCAUAGUUUUACACUGCAAAGUAAUGGAGGGAAGCAAUUGCUGUGUGACUGUUUAAUCUUGGUACGUAAUUUUUUCCAAACAUCUCUGCUAGUAACUGUCUGUAGUGCACCACAUUUAGGACAUCGUUAAUUAAGCUCUGGGAUCUUUCAAAGUGAAGGUAACUACUUACUUCUCAUGCAGAAAUCCAUACCAGCAAGGAAAUCUCUUAGAGAGGAAGGGUUGCAUUUUUGAAAUAACUAAUUUAUGAGGAUUUUACUCAUGAUACGUUUCAUGGGUGAGAACCUUGAAAAUACCACAAUACACAAGAGUCAACAUAAAAGCAGUAGCUUCAUUUCCGUGGAUUCUGUUAAUCUGCAACUAGUUUAAAGAACCUAGACAAAAAACCAGCUAUUUCCUGUUCCACCUUGAACAAUGGUUCUCUAGUUAAAGGCCAAGGGUUGCCGACAAGGAUUUAAAAGCAUCUUUAAAGAUGAGAUAAAAAUGUAUUCUUAACUAGAAAUUUCUGGGCUUUCAGACCGCUCCAAAAAUACUCAGUGGGGUUUGUAAGAUAAGCAAUUUUUUAGUACUUUUGAUAAAUAAAACCACAAAUACAGCUAUUUCAACAGUCCUAAGAUAAAUAGAAAGGAAUUAAAUUUUUUAGAUGCUAUGAGUUGCCUCAGACACAGAUGACAAUCCCUUAGCAGCACUGGCCUGUCACACCUGACAGUGCUUAUGGGAGGAUGUGGUGGCAUUCCUGGAAUAUGCAUCUGUAUUCAGAAUUAUCCACCAUCCAGCAUCAAACCACCAUCCUACAAAUCUCAGCUGCUGGAAAUCUUCUUUCCAUCAAGAUACAAGGGACAUGAACAGCAUAAAAGCUGUUUAUAAAGAACUGAUUGGGUGUUUUUGUCCCACUGAAAAUGCUCUGUAUUUGGUAGAGACAGGUCUCUUCCCUGGAUGGUUUUCUUUAUUUUGCAGGAAGUUGGGAACAUUAAGCUUCAUUUGCAAAUCAUUCACCUUGCUUUUCAGUCAUCUUGCCUUUCUCUCCUGUCUUUUUUUUUGAGAGGCUGAACACUUGGUAGUCAUCAGUAGCAAAAUACACCACAGAUUUUCAGUAGGAUGGACAGUAUCCCACACCUUCCCAAGCUACCACAUAACUCUGAAAAACUCACCAUGUUUUUAAUUAGUGUCUUAACAACAGUUUUCCUGAGCUGUGGCUGUGUGUCAAACACAGCUUCUGCAAAAACAUAGGCACAGGGAGUGGGAUCCUGCUGGGAAGUAGACACAGCAGCAAAGCCCACCAGCACCAGAGCCACCAGCAGGUUUUUGAAACCUGAUAAAUUAUUUCCUCCUCCUAACAGUUUAUUGUGAGAAUAGAUUCACAGUUUAUGGGAAUUUAGUCUGGUUCAUUUUUUAGUGCAUGGCUUAAAUUCUUUUUUUUUUUUAAUAAAACCAAACCAAACCCCCUUCAGGACUGCAUAUGAGAUCUAUAACCUUCACAUAAACUCAUGCUAAGCCUUAACUUGCAAAAUAAAACUCCACACAUUUCUAAAUUCCUUUAUUAAAGGAGGAAAAGACAAUCCCCAGACAAUUACACUUUUUUCUCCAUAAUUACAGAAGAAAUAUUCAAAUAAACAUAAUACUGGCUUUUCCAGUUACUGUGCCCAUACAGCCUCACCUAAGGCAGCAGGCACACCGGGGGGCAGCCUGUGGGAUCAGACAUGCAGCAUUAUGGCUUUCCCUCCAGAGAAGGCACCCUGGACAUUGGGAAGCUGUGCAGCAGCCCCACUGCAUCCAAAGGGAUGGGAUAGGGAUGCAAUAGGGAUGCCAGCUGACAGCUGCAGUUCGAGUUGCACCUGCAGGAUUCACGGAGCCAAGGGCUCUUGCCCUGCAUGUCUUGUCAGUUCGUAAAACGUUGCUUUCAAUUUCUGUGUGUUUCACCUGCUUGUGUUCGAAAGCUGUUCUAGGCAUUUGCAUGACAGAGAUUGUGUUGGGAGAGCAGUUCCCUGUGGGUUUGAGUUGUUACAGUCAGAGACUGGUGGUGGAAGCAUCGGAUACUUGCUGUUGUAAACUUCAUCUGUCUCCUUGAAAUACUGUUGUGAUGGUGGAUGUCUCAAGGCUCUGUGCACUUGGCGUAAUUGCUGAUGUAAAGGAAUGUUUUAUCCUCAUGUUAUUGUUACUGAGCACUGCUUUCAUCAAGAAACAUCACUUGGGGAAGGAUGCGACAGACUUUCACAAUUAAGUCUGUCCCUAGAUGGUCUUUUUUCACCCAUGUGAAAUUUAUAAAUAGGGUAGGGGGAUUAACUCGGGGUGCAGACAAGCCUGUAAGGAGAGACCAGCACCUCCAUAAAUCAAAAUUCUGCAUUUUCUGCUUGUGUUUCUAAGUUGCUAAAGUAAUUGCUUACUGCAGAAAUGGUGAACAGAUGGAUUCCCACUGCCAUCCACAGAGCAGUGUGGCUGCUGCUGUUUGGUCAUUUCCAUUCCCUGUAUGUUAUGUUGUUGUUAUGUUGCCACAUUAAUUGUUCUGAGAGGAACUGGGGCUGGGAGGUCAGCUUUGGGCAAUCCUGUUACAUGAAAAGCUGCAUCACACAUCAUCAUCACAGUAGUGUUGGUAUUUCCUAAAGGGAAAUAUCUUGAUGUUUGUGAGUGCCUGUUUUAAAAUGACCCAGGCUCCUAGCUUUUUUAUCUUCUUCUUGUUUUUUUUUUCUCAAGACACAGUUAUGUUUCAUGUAAACUGCAUAAUUGUUUGGGCUACUUGUAGCAGAUUUUAGAAAACAGAUGCUUCUUGAAUGCCCAACCCAUGCAAUCCAUGGGCAAGAGCCAGUGAAGGAUAUUUAAAAGAGGCAGUGGUUCUUGUGAGUGUGGGGUUUUCUCGUUUGUUAUCAACUUGUAAGAUCCACCAUCAUUUUCCAAGAUGGAAAAACGCUGAAGGAAAGCUUUCUGUGACAGCUUUUGAAUGUCAGGGUGGACAUUUCUGUAUGUUCUUCUUGAUUUGCUGCUCCCCAUUUUCAACUUUUUUCAGGGUGACUGUAUAAGUAGACAGGGUUUUGGUGGUGCAUGAGGAGAGUGUAAGCUGACUGUUAACAGGAUGUCUGGAGUGUUUGUGUGUAUUUCUGGAUAAACAGCAAGCUAAGGCAGAAAACAAAACAGCCAGAGAGGAUAUUAACAAAGCCUGGGUUGUGGCAGGAUGAGAUCUUGGCAGUAUUUUCUUGAUGCAGAGUCACAGGGCCAAAAGGGGCUUGAAGACAUCAGCUAGAGAAUUUCCAAGGCAGGUUAAGCUACACUUAGCACAGACAUGAUGGGUGGACAGGUGGCUGUUGAACUUGUCCUUAAAAGCCUCUUAAUAGUGGAGAAUCAGCCACUUCCUAUGCUGUUUUUCCCAGUGUUUGACUGUCUACUUGAGGGUGGUUUAUUCCCCCAGUGCCUAAGUACAAAAUUCUGGGAUAUAGGAGAAAAAGACAGUGUCCUCAAAUGACAUUAGAUAGAGGAGCAUUUUAGCUGUUUUUAUAAAUGUAACCUUAGAAAUAAUGGUCAAACAAAAUCUGAGACGAGAUUUUCAAGGAGCACCAGCCCAACUUUGCUCACCACAGGACUCCUCCAUGCCUUUGAAAACCUCUUUCUUUGAAUGGUGUGUCAGGUUGAUGGUUAAUAGCCAUAUCAGAGAGGUUCAAAGAGACCUUUCUCCUCAUGCUGUGUUUUCUAUCCAGUAGUUGCCUUCAAUUUUUAUUUUUUUUACAGAGUUCGGACAGUUAAAAAACCAAAAGCCAAACCAAAAAAUCCCCAGCCCCGAACCAACCCAGCUUACUAGCCUUUUUCCUUGGUACCCUUUUCAGAUACUACAAGGCCAUCAGUAAAGCCAUACUACAAGGAGGAAACUAAAGGAGAGCAGCAUCCAUUUUGUUAGGCAGUGCUUGUGCCAGCCACAGUGAGAGGCUGGAGAGCCACCAGGGGCCAGAGCCUGCCCUUGGCUGCAGCUUUUCUCUCUCUGCUGCCUCCUGCCUUGGAAACAGCCUUUUUCCUGACUAUCCUCUGGUGGGAUGCUGCUGGCAAGGCAUCACCUGUGCUUGCAGCAAGGUCCCUGCCUGGGGUGUGAUGCAGCCUCCCUGGGUCUCUGCUUUGAGACCGAGACCCGUGGUUGUGCCUGCAAUACUCUCUCCAGCUCCAAACUAGGACUAGUGGAAUAAUUUUGAAACACUUAGGAGACUAAUGGAGCAGGGCCAGUGUGUUACAAGAGCUGAGCACUCCCCUGUUGUCUGUGCAGCAGUUUACCUGGGGCAAUGACACAGUUUAUUGAGGAGUCUCUCUGGGUGACAGACCAUGCUGAGAACACAUUACUGGGAAUAGGCAUCCAGUGGAGAAGCAAAGGGGAGACCUUAGCUGGGCACUUGGCUUCAUUUUCUUCCUGUUGUUGUUCAUCAGGAGAUUCUCAGCCUGGACUCCUGGUCGCUGUGCCUGGUGCCCUGGUAGGGCAGGGCUGCUUUGCCACACUCACCAGAAGCUGCAGAAGUGGGUCGGCAAAUCUCUUACACUCUGCUGGUCCAGGCACCAGGCAGAGAUGGCCCCAGCCACACUGGCAUGUGCUGGGACCCUGCCCCAGACCCAGCAGCCCUGGUCUUCUGCAUGGCCACACGAAGUUUGAGGUGGGGAAGGCAAUGGCAAAGCCCCGUGGGCCGGGUGGCAGGCAGCAUUAGUGCCUCCCCCUUGUAGCCCCACACUGCCAGGGUCCUGGCCAGCAGCACUUCCCAGGGCUCUGAGCAGCAGCCCUGCACAGCCAUGGCUCCAUGACCUCAGCAGGAACAGCCGCAGGCAGUGGCAGAGGCGGCCCUGCUGCCCGAGGAGGUCGAUGCCCCUGGUUUGCCAUGGUGCCCCUGGGUCCCAGUGAGCUGCUCCAUGUGCUGGCUCAGAGCUGGGCACUGACACCCAGGGAGCCACAGCAAAGCAGCACAGGGCCUGUGUGCUGUGUUGAGGAGCUGAGACAGUGGUACCACUGGCAGGACACAGCAGAGGCUUCCUAGAGAUGCUGGCUCCAGGUGACAUCUGGCCCCAGUUGUGGGCAUGGAUAUGGCAAGGAGCUUGGAUGCAUGGGACACCCAGGUCUGUUCAGUUCCAGUAUGAGCCUUUGAUGAAAUCCCUGUGCUGACCAAAGACUGACUUUGAAGGGCAGGAUCUCCACAGACAAUCCCCUGCAGAAGCUGGCAUUCUCCAAGCAUUGAGAGGGAAAAUACUUAAUGGCUUAAAAAG